AUGUUGUCCGAGGGGGUGGUUCUAGAGCUGGGAGCCAGGUCUUCUGCCCCCAAAUGGAAGCGGGCCAAGGCCGUGCCUGCCUGGGGCAGGGAGCAGGCCUGGACAGAGGCGCCCAUUGAAGCCAGGAUUGACAUUGCAGCCAGGCACCAAGGCUACCAUGGCCAAGGCUGGCAUUUCGAGGGCUUGGCGCCUCUGGCCUUCCUGAAGGGGCUCUGUGGCCCAUCCCGGCCCCUGGAAAGGGACAGGCGGCAGGCUGGCUUCCUGGCUGAGGGGGAGGGGCACGCCCCCAUGAUGGCCCCCUGGCCUCCAUUCUGUCUCCACGUCCUGCUGCUGUUGCUGCCAACACUACCCCUGACCCUGGCCCACCGAUUCUCCGCACCCAACACCACCUUCAAUCGCUUGGUGCUGGCGCCGGAGCCAGGCUCGCUGUAUGUUGGGGCCGUGAACCGCCUCUUCCAGCUCAGCCCUGAGCUGCAGCUGGAGGCCAUGGCUGUUACCGGCCCCGUCCUCGACAGCCCGGACUGCGUGCCCUUCCGCGAUCCGGCCGAGUGCCCCCAGGCCCAGCUCACUGACAAUGCCAACCAGCUGCUGCUCGUGAGCAGCCGGGCCCGGGAGCUGGUGGCCUGCGGGCAGGUGCGGCAGGGUGUGUGCGAGAAGCGGCGCCUCGGGGACGUGGCUGAGCUGCUGUACCAGGCCGAGGACCCUGGUGACGGGCAGUUUGUGGCCGCCAAUGCUCCUGGAGUGGCCACGGUGGGCCUAGUGGUACCCAUGCCAGGACGAGACCUUCUGCUGGUGGCCAGGGGCCUAGCGGGCAAGCUGUCUGGCGGGGUCCCUCCGCUGACCGUGCGCCAGCUAGCCGGGCCCCAGCCCUUCUCCAGCGAAGGCUUGGGCCGCCUCGUGGUGGGCGACUUGUCCGACUACAACAACAGCUACGUGGGCGCCUUUGCUGAUGCCCGCUCCGCCUACUUCGUCUUCCGCCGCCGGGGGGCCCGGGCUCAGGCCGAGUACCGCUCCUACGUGGCCCGUGUGUGUCUGGGUGACACUAAUCUCUACUCUUAUGUGGAGGUGCCCCUGGCUUGCCGUGGCCAGGGCCUUGUCCAGGCUGCCUUCCUGGCCCCAGGCGCCCUGCUGGGGGCUUUUGCUGGCGGCCCAAGGGGCGCGAGGGCUGCGUUGUGCGCUUUUCCCUUGGUCCAGCUGGACAGGAGCAUGGAGGCUGCCCGUCGGCUCUGCUACACGGCGGCCGGUCAGGGCCCCAGUGGCUCGGAGGAAGCCACCGUCGAGUAUGGUGUGACGUCACGCUGUGUCACCUUGCCUCCUGACUCCCCGGAGUCGUACCCCUGUGGCGACGAACACACGCCCAGUCCCAUUGCCGGCCGCCAGGCCGUGGAGGCCCAACCCCUGCUGCUGCUGGGGCAGCCUGUCAGCGCGAUCACUGCCCUCCAGGAAGAUGGGCACACAGUGGUUUUCCUGGGGGAUACCCACGGCCAGCUGCAUAAGGUCUUUCUCAAUGGCUCCCAGGGCCAGGUGUAUGACUCUCAGCAAGUGGGGCCCCCGGGCUCGGCCAUCAGCCCUGACCUACUGGUGGGUGGCAACGGCAGCCACCUCUACGUCCUGACUGCCCAGCAGGUGGACCGGGUGCCCGUGGCCACCUGCCCCCAGUUUCCGGACUGCACCAGCUGCCUGCAGGCCCGAGACCCACUCUGUGGCUGGUGUGUCCUCCAGGGCAGGUGUACCCGGAAGGGCCAGUGUGAGCGGGCAGCCCAACUGAACCAGUGGCUGUGGAGCUAUGGGGAGGGCGACUGCUGCCCGCACAUCCAGGCCCUGCUGCCGGCCCAGCACCCCCGCCAGGAGCAGGGCCAGGUCACCCUCUCUCUUCCUUGGCUGCCUGCCUUGGCCCUGGACGAGUACUUCCACUGUGCCUUUGGAGACUAUGACAGCUUGGCUCACGUGGAAGGACCCCAUGUGACCUGUGUCACCCCUCCCCAUGACCAAGUGCCCCCUAACCCUCCAGGCACAGACCACGUCACCCUGCUGCUGGCCCUGAUGUUCGAGGACGUGGUGGUGGCUGCGGCCAACUUCUCCUUCUACGACUGCAGUGCCAUCCAGGCCUUGGAUGUGGCUGCCCCGUGCCAAGCCUGCGUGGGCAGCCUCUGGCAGUGCCACUGGUGUCCCCAGAGCGGCCAGUGUGUGUCUGGGGGGCACUGUCCUGAGGGUGAGAGGAUCAUCUACAGCGCCCAGGAGGUGGACAUCCAGGAGCGGGGCCCAGAGGCUUGCCCCAAGGUCGUGGGCCUAGCAGGUCCCGUCCUGGUGCCUGUGGGCUGGGAGAGCCACUUGGUGCUACGCGUGCGGAACCUGCAGCAUUUCCGAGGCCUGACUGCCUCCUACAACUGCUGGCUGGAGCUGCCAGGAGAGCUUAGGAGGCUGCCUGCCUCCCUGGAGGAGGUGACUGCGGAUGGGAGUCUCAUCCACUGCCAGAGCCAGCAGUUUCACCCCUCGGCCUCCCAGCGGGAGCUGCAGGUGCCCAUCUACGUCACCCGAGGCCAGGCCCAGCGCCUGGACAAUGCAGACCCUCUUUAUGUGACCCUGUAUGAUUGUGCCAUGGGCCACCCCGACUGUAGCCGCUGCCAGGCAGCCAAUAGGAGCCUGGGCUGCCUGUGGUGUGGCCACAGCCAGCCAGCCUGUCGCUACGGGCCCCUGUGCCCACCCGGGGCCACCCAGCAGCUCUGCCCCAAGCCCCUCAUCUUCUCGAUUGAGCCCCACACCGGCCCCCCAGAGGGAGGCCUGGCCCUCACCAUCCUGGGCUCCGACCUGGGCCGGGACUUUGCUGACGUCUGGGAUGCUGUGAGCGUGGCCGGCCGGCCCUGCAGGCCUGACCCAGCUCGCUACCAGAUCUCCACCCGGAUCAUCUGUGUGACGUCUCCUGCCCCUAAUGGCACGACAGGGCCAGUCCAAGUGGCCAUUAAGAGUCGCCCACCAGGCAUCUCUACCCAGCACUUCACUUACCAGGACCCUAUCCUGCUGAGCCUGAGCCCCCGGUGGGGCCCCCAGGCAGGGGGCACCCAGCUCACCAUCCGUGGACGGCAUCUCCGGACAGGGGGCAAUGUCAGCGCCUUUGUGGGGGGCCAGCCCUGCCCCAUCCAGGGGCCCGUGUGCCCUGAGGCCAUCACGUGCCGCACCAUGCCCCAGCCAGCCUUAGGGAAAGCAGCUGUCCGAGUGGUCUUUGGCCAGGCCCAGCGCACACUGCCAUCCAGCCCAUUCCUGUACACAGCCAACCCCCAGCUGCUGGCGGCGGAGCCCAGUGUCAGCUUCCGGGGGGGCGGGCGGCUGAUCCGUGUCAGGGGCUCGGGCCUGGACGUGGUGCAGCGACCCCUGCUGUCAGUGUGGCUGGAGGCUGAGGGCCAGGCAGGGGACGUGCCGGCCUGGCCAGAGCCCCAGCCUCUGGAGCCAAGGCGGAGCUGUGGGGCCCCAGCUGCAGACCCCCAGGCUUGUGUCCAGCUCGGGGGCGGCUUGCUGCAGUGCUCCACGGCCUGCUCAGUUAACUCGUCCAGCCUCCUUGUGUGCCCGAGCCCUGCUGUGCCCGAUGGCACCCGCCCCCACCGGGUCUUCUUCACCCUGGACAACCUGCACGUGGACUUCACCAGAGCCAGCGGGGGCCAAGCUUUCCUCUACCAGCCCAACCCCCGCCUGGCGCCCCUCAGCCGUGAGAGCCCCACCCGGCCCUACCGUCUCAAGCCAGGCAACGUGCUGGACGUGGAGGGUGAGGGCCUCAAUCUGGGCAUCAGCAAGGAGGAGGUGCGCGUGCUCAUCGGGGAUGCCGAGUGCCUGGUGAAGACACUCACCCUCACACACCUGUACUGCGAGCCGCCGCCGCGGGCCCCGCGGCCCCACAACGGCUCCGGCAGCCUGCCCCAGUUCGUGGUGCACAUGGGCAAUGUACGGCUGCCACUAGGCCCCGUGCAGUACGAAGCGGAGCCCGCGCUGGCCGCCUUCCCCACGGAGGCCCAGGUGGGCCUGGGGCUGGGUGCCGUCCUGCUGACUGGUGCCGUGCUCGUGCUCACCCUCAAGUACAGGCACAAGAGCAGGCAGGCUCUGCGGGAUUACCGGAAGGUGCUGCUGCAGCUGGAGACCCUGGAGAUCGGCGUGGGCGACCAGUGCCGCAAGGAGUUCACAGACCUGAUGACCGAGAUGACGGACCUCAGCAGCGACCUGGAGGCCAGCGGGAUCCCCUUCCUAGACUACCACACCUACGCCGAGCGCGUCUUCUUCCCGGGCCACGGCGGCUGCCGGCUCCAGCCCACUCCCGACGGGCCCGAGGAGGGGGGCCUCAGUGCCACCGUGCGCCAGGGCCUCACGCAGCUGUCUCACCUGCUGAACAGCAAGCUCUUCCUCCUCACGCUCAUCCGCACGCUGGAGGAACAGCCGAGCUUCUCCCAGCGCGACCGCUGCCACGUGGCCUCCCUGCUGUCCCUGGCGCUACACAGCAAGCUGGAGUACCUGACCGACAUCCUCUGGACCCUGCUGGGUGACCUGGCUGCCCAUUACGUGGCUAAGAACCCCAAGCUCAUGCUUCGGAGGACGGAGAGCAUGGUGGAGAAACUGCUCACGAACUGGCUGUCCAUCUGUCUGUACUCCUUCCUGAGGGAGGUGGCUGGCGAGCCACUGUACGUGCUCUUCCGGGCCAUCAAGUACCAGGUGGACAAGGGCCCCGUGGACGCUGUGACGGGCAAGGCCAAGUGCACCUUGAACGACAGCCGCCUGCUCCGGGAGGACGUGGAGUUCCGGCCCCUGACGCUCAUGGUGUUGGUGGGCCCAGGGUCUGGCGGGGUGGCCGGCACUGGUGUGGAGCAGUGGGUGCCAGCCCGGGUGCUCGACACCGACACCAUCACCCAGGUCAAGGAGAAGGUGCUAGACCAGGUCUACAAAGGCACCCCCUUCUCCCAGAGGCCCUCCGUACACGCCCUAGACCUUGAGUGGCGCUCGGGCAUGGCUGGUCACCUCACCCUGUCUGAUGAGGACCUGACCUCGGUGACCCAGAGUCACUGGAAGAGACUCAACACCCUGCAGCACUACAAGGUCCCGGAUGGAGCAACGGUGGGCCUUAUCCCCCACCACACAGGGGCUGUGGCCCAGAGCUGCCCAUCGGGGGAUAAUACGCCCAUGCUGGAGGCUGGUGAGGAUGACGAGGAGGGCAGACCCCGCCUCUGGCACCUGGUGAAGGCCACCGAGGAGCCAGAAGGGACCAAGCCAAGGCGCAGCAGCCUGCGGGAGCGAGAGCGCGAGCGCGCCCGGGCCAAGGCCAUUCCGGAAAUCUACCUCACCCGCCUGCUCUCCAUGAAGGGCACACUGCAGAAGUUUGUGGAUGACAUGUUCCAGGCCAUCCUAAGCGUGAACCGCCCCGUGCCCAUAGCUGUCCGGUACCUAUUCGACUUCCUGGAUGAGCUGGCGGAAAAGCAUGGCAUUCAGGACCCUGAGACCCUGUACAUCUGGAAGACCAACAGUCUGCUGCUGCGGUUCUGGGUGAACACCCUGAAGAACCCCCAGCUCAUCUUUGAUGUGCGGGUGUCGGAUAACGUGGACGCCGUCCUGGCCGUCCUCGCCCAAACCUUCAUCGACUCCUGCACCCUCUCCGAGCACAAAGUGGGCCGGGAUUCCCCCGUCAACAAACUGCUCUACGCCCGGGAGAUCCCCCGAUACAAGCAGAUGGUGGAGAAAUACUACAGGGACAUUCGCCAGAGCUCCCCUGCCAGCUACCAGGACAUGAACUCAGCCCUGGCUGAGCUCUCAGGGCGCUCUGCCUCUGCCCCUCACUGCCUGGAGGCCCUGCGGGAGCUCUACAAACACAUCCACAGGUAUUACGACCAGAUCGUCAGCGCCCUGGAGGAGGACCCCGUGGGCCAGAAGAUGCAGCUGGCCUGCCGACUGCAGCACAUCGCCGCCCUGGUGGAGAACAAAGUGACUCACCUGUGA